AAAACAAAGAGAAAACAACAGAAAAAGAGUCCAAAAAGAGAGAAAAGAUUGAGAGUGUUGAAAACAAAGAGAGAAAAUCAGUAAUUGUUUAUGCAAAGGAAAGUGAUGUCAAGGCUGCGUUAUUUCAACGCUAACGAACUUAAUGAUUCUUUGCCUAGUGUUGUUAAAUCUCUUUUGCAGGACUUCAAGAAUGUGUUUCCAGAUGAUGUUGCUAAUGGUUUACCACCAAUUAGAGGAAUCGAGCAUCAAAUUGACUUCAUUCCUGGUGCAACAAUUCCAAACCAACCAGCAUAUCGAAGCAAUCCCAAUGAGACGAAAGAACUUCAAAGGCUGGUCGAAGACCUCAUGAAAAAGGGACAUGUGAGAGAAAGCAUGAGUCCAUGUGCAGUUCCAGUGCUACUUGUGCCUAAGAAGGAUGGGGCUUGGCGUAUGUGCCUUGAUUGUCGCGCGGUCAACAGAAUCACUGUAAAGUAUUGUCACCCUAUUCCUAGAUUAGAUGACAUGUUAGAUGAGUUGCAUGGUUCUUGCAUAUUCUCUAAAAUUGAUUUAAAGAGUGGAUAUCAUCAGAUUAGGAUGAAGGAAGGAGAUGAAUGGAAAACAGCCUUUAAAACGAAACAUGGUUUAUAUGAGUGGUUAGUUAUGCCAUUUGGAUUAACUAAUGCGCCUAGUACAUUCAUGGGAUUAAUGAAUCAUGUUUUGCGUGCUUUCAUUGGCAAAUUUGUGGUUAUUUAUUUUGAUGACAUUCUGAUAUAACAUAUUGAGCAUGUCCGAAUGGUACUAGAGGUGUUGAGAAAAGAAAAGUUGUUUGCUAACCUUAAAAAGUGUUCCUUUUGCACAAAUCAGAUUGUUUUUUUAGGGUAUGUUGUUUCAGCUGAUGGAAUCGCAGUAGAUGAAGAAAGGGUUAAGGCUGUU